UGCCUCCGGUGCUGCUGCCCACCUCGUGGCCCUGGGUUUCACCAUCUUUGUGGCUGUGCUUGCCAGGCCUGGCUCCAGCCUGUUCUCCUGGCACCCUGUGCUUAUGUCUCUUGCUUGCACCCAUGUGGCCAACUCUUGCCAAGAAAUUGUAUCCAGUCCCACGUCAGAGAAACAAAGCUUGUGAAUCAUUUAUAACUGCCACAGCUCAAACCUUGUAUUUGCUGGGUAACUCAACAGAGAUGACAUUUCAGAAUGGCACCUAGUGUAGAGAGGCAUCUCUCCCUGAUUAUUUAGGGCAGAUGUUCUGUCCCAGAUGGGCUUCUCCACUCCUUUCUCAUCAAAUGGACACCAAGUGGGGAGAAAAUAAAGAGGAAUCAGCCCAGAUUGGCUGACAGCUUAGAGGGUUAUCUAAAGUUCUUUUCCUUUCUGCUGCGACUGCACCCUCACUUGAGUUUCCCAUCCCUGUCUCCCCAGUUCUCCUUCCUGAUGACUGAGGCACUACUGGUGUUCUCUCCUGAAAGUUCACUGCUGCACUCCCUCUCGAGGAAAGGUCGAGCACGCUGCCACUGGGUGCUGCAGCUGCUGGCCCUGCUGUGUGCGCUGCUGGGCUUGGGUCUUGUCAUCCUCCACAAGGAGCAACAGAGCAAAGCCCACCUGGCCACGUGGCAUGGACGGGCAGGGCUGCUGGCUGUGCUGUGGGCGGGGCUGCAGUGCUCAGGUGGGGUGGGGCUGCUGUACCCCAAGCUGCUGACCCGAUGGCCCCUGGCCAAGCUCAAGCUGUACCAUGCCACUUCAGGGCUGGUGGGCUACCUUCUGGGUAGUGCCAGCCUCUUGUUGGGCAUGUGCUCCCUGUGGUUUACUGCCACAGUUACUGGUGGGGCCUGGUACCUGGCUGUGCUAUGUCCUGUCCUCACCAGCCUUGUCAUCAUGAACCAGGUGAGCAAUGCCUAUCUGUAUCGCAAGAGGAUCCAGCCAUGAACCCCUCCUAACCUAGUGGAACUCUGGACUUGUCCCUCAGUAUACAAGCUGGGGCUAUGACCACCUGGGCUCUCUCAGUUGACUGAGUCAAGGGGACACCUCAAGUACUGGGGCAGUCAGGGUUGGGAGGAGAGCUGUGUGUGACAUCUUUGUUCUUCAUGCUAGAGUGCCUCCUCUUCUCUAUCCAUUGUCCCAGAGGACCACAUGGAUCAUGUGUCUGAAUGAAGUUGGGGUUGCAAGACUGCCUCCCCAGCAAAUCAGUAGUGGUAUUUCCAGAAAUUACGAGGAAAAAAAAAAGUAAAAUAAAAAUGACUGAAAAGACUGGAUGGGAGGAGCA